AUGUUGACAGCACCCGCCGGUCAUGACGUGUUCGCAAAAAACGAAAUACCUGCUGGUACUAAAGUCUUGUCAUGUCCCUUUAGUAUGGCCAUCACCGCACCUCAAUCCAAGGAUGCUCUGGUCGCAUUGUUUCAAGGCGAUGGUGCUAGCCCUUUGAGGGUCAUUGAUCAAUGGAGCGAGCGCCAAACAGUUUCACUCCCGUCUAUGCUAAAGCACAAGCCAUAUCUUGAUAUGCUCCCGCCUUCCAGGAUACUCCUUACAACAAUGUAUUUUUCGCAGCAAGAAAUCGAUCUCUUGAAGGGAUCAAACUUGUACCAGGCGACAAUAACGAGAAAUCAAGAAUGGCGAACAGAAUGGCAGUCCUGUGCGCAGGGGCUGUCAACUCUAGAUCUAGAGUUAGGUUUGGCGCUUACUUGGGAUCACUACCUUCAAGCUGCUACUCACCUCUCUUCUCGUGCAUUCCCGUCGACCAUCUUGUCCAACACUCCUUCCAACGUUUCAUCGAAACUGUCUCACGCCGUACUCCUACCUGGAAUCGAUAGCUUGAACCACAAACGCGCUAUACCCGUCUCUUGGGUUGCCAACGUCUCGGAACCGACAACCUCUUCGACGCUAGACCUGCUAAUUCAUGAGAGGGUCCCAGCUGGAAUGGAAUGUUUCAAUAAUUACGGUCCUAAACCUAAUUCAGAGUUGAUGCUAGGCUAUGGUUUUGCGUUACCUUUAAAUCCGGACGAUACCAUACUAUUGUCUUUGGCGACUUCAAACACAUCGCAGAGCAGCAUGGUCGAGAUCGGACGGGACGCAAAGAAUGCAGAACACCUCUGGAAGUUGGUCAUUUACAAAAUAUCAGAACUUGGUGGCGACGAAGGGCCUGUGAAUGAUUGGGAAAUUGAGUUGGAGGCCGCCGAAACUAUUAUGAGUUUGACUGAACAACGAAUGGAAAGGCUUCCCGAUGUAACUGGAGCGGGAGAUAUUGAUGUUAGACAGCAAGUGCUAGAAAUGAUUGAGUAUUACCUGGAAGGUCAGAAGGCGAUCUUGACAAGUUUGAUUCAAUGGGCACAGGCCAAACGAAUCAGUGCUCGGGACAAGGCUCUGGCUGAAGGGAUCGAGUUGGUUCUGGAUGAGGAUGAGGAUGAGGAUGAGGAUGAGGAGUAA